UGGACUCAAACUACACCCGGACGGACGGACUUUCAGAAUGGACCCAUCCCGGAAGUGAGCCGGAAAAAUCCAACCGGACGCUGUUUUCUCACGCAGAGGCAUGCUGGAGGCUGGUGGUUGACGUGGGAACCGGGCGCCCUCGAGUCGCAUCUCGGGGCAGCCGGGCAGCUCUUUUGCAGUUGAGGAAAGCUGAGCAGUUCCCCCGCGGCGCAGAGUCCAGUGCGCAGGCGUGUGGGCGGGGACCGGGGGCUUAAAGGGACUGCGGUGCGGAAUCGGAGGAGCUGGGGUAGCCAAGAGCGAGGCUCUCGGGCGGGAAUGGGUACUAGGUGCCCCGUGGACCAGGCCCCAUUGGCACUGAGUUUGGAUCUUCUCUGCGGACGUGCCCAAGAGCUGCUGCAGGUUAAACGCGUCUCUUCCGGUCUCUAGCCUGCUUUGCUAUGGCUCACGUUGGCUCUCGCAAGCGCUCGCGGAGCCGCAGUCGGUCCCGGGGUCGGCGGGGCUCAGAGAAGCGAAGUAAGAGGAGUAAUAAGGAGGCCUCGAGGAACUGCUCGGCCUCCAAAUCCCAAGGUCACAAGGCCAGCAGCACCUCCGGUGCUGAGGAGAGAAGCAAGCACAAGGCCCGGAGGACAGCGAGAUCCAGCUCUUCCUCCUCCUCUUCCAGUUCUUCCAGCUCUGCAUCAUCCUCAUCCUCCAGUGAUGGCCGGAAGAAGCGGGGGAAGCCCAAGGACAGGAAGAGGAAGAAGAAGAAGAAACGGAAGAAGAAGCUGAAGAGGAAGGACAGGGAGAAGGCAGUGGCGGUGCACCCGGCGGAAGCUCUGCCCGGCCCCUCACUGGAUCAGUGGCACAGAUCAGCUGGGGAGGACAACGAUGGCCCAGUCCUGACUGAUGAGCAGAAGUCUCGUAUCCAGGCCAUGAAGCCCAUGACAAAGGAGGAGUGGGAUGCUCGGCAGAGUGUCAUUCGCAAGGUGGUGGACCCAGAGACAGGACGCACAAGGCUUAUCAAGGGAGAUGGUGAGGUUUUAGAGGAAAUCGUAACCAAAGAACGACACAGAGAGAUCAACAAGCAAGCCACCCGAGGGGACGGCCUAGCCUUCCAGAUGCGAGCAGGCCUGCUUCCCUGAGGGCCCUGGUCUCCCAGGUCUGUGAACUGCUGUUGGUGGCUUGGAGACAGAUGGGUCCAGUUGCCUUUUCUUCUGUGGGUGGCCUCUGGCCCAGGCCAGUGUCCUCUUGGGUGCAGUGGGUGGCCUCCUAAGCACCAGACUGGGAGAGUGUAGUGUUGAUAUUAAAUGAUCUUGGUCAGAG